GCUAAACAGCUGUUUUUGACAAACCGCUCGUGCAGCGCCGCAUUGCACUGUUUACGUAAAAUCCAAUUUCCAAUUGCGGCUUUUGUUGUUUUUCACAAUUUUUGUGUAAGAAUUUAUGAGAUAAGUGUUAAGUUAAAUUAAAAUGAAUCAAGCCGACGUUAGUAAACUGAUGUCGCAAUUGCGCAUUGCUGUUAAACCGCAUCGUAAUCUACGUAAUCCAGAUGGUCCUGAGGGUCGUUUAUUGAAACUACGCAAAACUGUGACGGCACUGGUGAAACAUGAGCGCAUAGAACUAUAUUACAAUAGAGCUGAUGAAGCGCGCGGCUAUGCGGAAUUGCUAAUUUCCAAUGCGAUACGUUAUGGCGAUUGUCAUAAAGCCACAAUGGAAUUGGCGGAUUAUUGGUUGCUCGAAAAGCAAUUGGUGCAUAAACUUUUUAAAGUACUAGUGCCACGAUUAGAGAACUGUAAUCUUUCAUAUACCCGCAUGUAUAAAGCGCCGCGUGAUUACCCGGGCAUGUAUUAUAGAAAAUCGGUUUUGGAAUUGCGUGGCAAUCCAUAUCCGUCGUUAUUGCCUGAUUAUACAAACAAUCGUAAUUUAAUACACAAUGUUUUGUUGGAUGAAGCACGUAAAGAUUAUAGACGUGAAAAACUAGCAGAGCUAGCUAAUAAAAUAGCGUCGGAAUCGGCGGAAAAUACUAAGAAAGUUGAGAGUGACGCUGAGUCGAAAGUUGCAGAAAAUGCAGAGAAAGCAUAAAAAUAAAUGGUUCUUUAUGAUAAACAGAUAAUUCUUAUGCAUAAAAUAAUUGUUAAAUUAAUAAAAGUAAAUUAAUAUUAAACAGAGA